AUGACCACUCUCUUACCUGAUAGACCUUGGCAGCAGGUACCUACAGACCUGUUCGAGUUAGGUGGUAGAAAAUACCUAGUGGUAAUAGAUAACUAUUCACGAUUCAUUGAGAUAAUCAGCUUGUCCGAGACGACAAGCCAAACUGUCAUUCAAAAGCUCAAGUCAGUAUUUGCUCGGUGGGGCAUUCCACAAGAAUUAGAGAGCGACAAUGGUACGCAGUUCAAAGCAGCUCUUUUCGAUGAUUUCAAAAUGAAGUAUGGCUUCAAGCAUUCUUCGUCAAGCCCGCACCACCACCAGGCGAACGGUGCCGCAGAAAGUGGAGUACGCAUCUCCAAGCAUAUUCUGAAACAAGAAGAUCCAUUCCUAGCACUCAUGGCAUACCGUGCAACUCCAAUCCCAGCUACUGGGAAGACUCCAGCGGAGCUUAUCAUGGGAAGACAGAUACGUACUACCCUCCCGACAAUGACAAGGAUAUUAGAACAAAAACCUCCAAGCAGCGCAGGAGUAAAGAAAAGGGAUGCUCAAACCAAACGAGAAUACAGGAAAUGUUUGAUAGACGGAAUGGAGCGAGAGAAUUACCCCAACUCCAACAAGGACGGCUAA